AUGGCUUCUUCGACUGGAACCGGGUGGGCUCAGCUACGGCAGCAGGCCCGCUCGCUUGAGACGCAGACAGAAAACCUCUUCCAUACAUACGCCCAAUAUGCCUCCAUGACCAAACCGCCACCAACCCCUGCAGAGGAAGAACUUCGCCUAGAGUCGCAGCUCAAAGACCUUCUCCAACGAAGAGAGACCCUAAUCGCCCAACUGUCCCGCCUUCUCGACUCCGAAGCAACCCUGACCUCCUCCGCCCUCAAACAAAACAACCUAACCCGCCACCGCGAAAUCCUUACCGACCACCGCCGCGAACUAAACCGUCUAACCUCCGCCAUCGCCGAGACCCGCGACCGCGCAAACCUCCUCUCCAAUGUCCGCUCCGACAUCGACGCCUACCGCGCCUCCAACCCCGCCGCCGCAGAGGCGGAUUACAUGCUUGAGGAACGGGGGCGGAUCGACCAGAGCCAUAGCGUAAUGGAUGGAGUGUUGAGUCAGGCGUAUGCGAUUAAUGAGAAUUUCGGGUUGCAGAGGGAGACGCUGGCGAGUGUUAAUCGGAGGAUUGUGGGAGCUGCGAGUAAGGUUCCUGGGGUGAAUCAUUUGAUUGGGAAGAUUGGGUCGAAGAGGAGGAGGGAUGCGAUUAUUUUGGGGGCAUUUGUUGGGUUUUGUUUCUUGAUGUUAUUGAUUUUUAGAUGA